AUGACAGCUUCAGUCAUGGCAGGAGAUCUCAACGACGGCUCAGUGCCUGCAUAUUACAGAGAGGUUCAUGAAGCCAUCAGAUGUAGGACCGAUGAAAAAGUGAGAGUGGAGGUUUUUCAUAGGUUGCUACAGAGAACUGACCUUCCCAAGGUGGUGUUAGACCAGAUUGCUGAGCAUGUCGAUGUCACCGAUGGAUUCUUGAGUAAAGUGUCCCUCUACAAAGCUCUGGCGUUGAUUGCAGUCGCUCAACAAGGGAAGCAGCCAAGCCCCAAACUUCUGGAGAACUUCAUACAAGAGCUGCCGAAACCUCAGCUUGGCGAGGACUUGGACGUUCUGAGGAUGCAGCCGGCUCAGGAGGAUGUGCUGACGCUGUCGCAGACGCUGGACCAGCUGCUGGCCAGAGACUCGGUCCAGGUGGAGCUCAUACCAGAGAAGAAGGGCCUGUUCCUAAAACAUGUUGAAUACCAGGUCACCAGUAAGCGCUACAAAAUGUCAGUAUAUCGGCGCUACAGUGACUUCGACGUCUUCCAUGAGAUUCUGCUUCAGAGGUUUUCUUACAGAAUUGUACCAGUGCUUCCCCCGAAAAGAAUGCUGAAGGGAGUCUUGACAUCAGUUUCUGAGAGUGACUUCAUCGAAGGGAGGCGGCGCGCGCUCUGCAGGUUCAUCAACCUGGUGGCGAGACAUCCCUUCUUCUCUGAGGAUGAACUGGUCAAGACUUUUCUAACGUUCAGUGGAUCGGAUGUUCAGAUUAAGCUGCGGGACACUUACAAGAAAACGGGUGAUGAGUUCAUGACCAACAGGGUUGCAACACUGGCAAAGGAAUACCUCCCCGCAGACAUCCAAGCCCAGUUCUCGGCGAGCAGAGAGUUGAUCAAAAAUGUUCACAACAGCUUCUCAAAGCUGCGGGAGAGAGCUGAAAAGAUAGCGGAGCGCUCCAAGGAGAAUGCAAGUGAUCUUCUCAUGUUUGGCCGAGAGCUCAGCACGCUGGGCUCGGAUACGCUGUCUCUUCCCUCCCUGGCCUCCUCUGAGAGCGGCUGGGGGACUCUGCGUCAGGCUCUCAAGAGUCUGUCAGUGGAGUUCGCUUUGCUCUCGGACAAAUCUGCUCAGCAGGGCAGGCGGGAAGAAGAUCAUGUGGUGGAGAAGCUGAACUUGUUCUUGGAUUUGCUGCAGUCGUACAAGGAUCUGUGUGAACGGCAUGAGAAAGGUGUCCUCCACGAGCACCAGCGCGCUCUGCACAAGUACAGCGUGAUGAAGAGGCAGAUGAUGAGUGCGACAGUGCAGCCGAAAGAGCAGGCCAGCGUGGAGCAGCUGGAGUCCCGGAUAGUUCAGCAAGAAAACGCCAUCCAGACCAUGGAGUUGCGAAAUUAUUUCUCGCUCUUCUGCCUCCAUCAGGAAACACAGCUUAUCUUCAGCUACCUUCCCAUAACGUCGCACAUCCUGGGAGCCUUUGUCAACUCUCAGGUGCAAGGACACAGCGAGAUGGGACAGGUGUGGAAUGAACUCCAACCGAAACUUGGAUGCCUGUUUGGUGACAAAAACGGAUUGACAGCUGCCAUGUGAAGCGUCACUUCUGAAAACAACUUGCUGUUUUAAGGGACCUGGAAGCUGGAACUAGUAUUUUGUUGCAUUCCAACAACAUUUUAAUGAAGUAGGAUUAUUCCAUUUGCGUGCUGAUGAAGUAUUCCCGGGUAUACCAUCGACUUUAUUUUUAUAUCAAGCAGCAAACUUUAUUUUCAUGUACCUCUCGUGCUACUCAAGCCCUUUCAGCUUUCCUCAAAAACUUGAUGAAAAACACCUCACUCCAUUUUUUUGUUUUACUGUUGAUUUCAAAGGUUGGUCCUAGAUGUACCUACGCGUAGGAUUAAACAAAACUAAGUAAUAAUCAUGUAGAUUUUAUAUUAUAAAACACUAAUAUGAGAAAUAUGACAAAAGGUUUAUCACUCUAUUAUGUACCAAUAAAUGGUCUUUAAUAAAAUUCAAUCUAAAUCAGUACUGAUUUAUUUUGAAUUUAAAAUACACAUAAACUUGAAGUGUUCAUAUUCUUUAUGACAACGCUACAGCAUUUUUACGUUCAGAAAUAUUACACAACUGUUUCAUGCGGACACAGAGGAAGUUCAUGCACAUGUUGUAAAUAUCGACUGAAUUGUGGCCUAUCAAUUACCACGAUUAAAAAAAAGACAACAUAUUUAUUAUGGAUGUUUUCUCAUUUUUAUUUUUGGGUUAUUCAAAAAAACCCUCAAAUUUAUUGCACAACCAAAUACGUUUAACAUUGUUUAUUUGAAGGACACAUUGUGCAACAAAUGAAUUUGGUCUGAAAGGUUAGGAAUAUGAAUGCAUCUUAAAAAAAAAAAGUUUAGCAGGAAUGUGAUUCAGAAUAGAACAUAACCGGAUUGCGACAUUACAGUGACUCCACAUUUGUGUGGCAGCUAAAACCAGUUCCGCAGCUGCGAUCCACUCGUCUCAGAGCGCCUCCACCUCCUCCAGCGUGUGACUGAGAAUCACAUCGUGACCCUGAAACUUGAAGUAGCCGACAAACUUUUUGUGCUGGAGCAACAAGGGGAACCAAAGCACGUCGUCAGCCCACAUCUGACUAAAGGGAAUCUUGUCUCGAUCAAACCACUGCGGCCUCAUCUCUGCAGAAAAGAGACAGGGAUUAAUCGCCGGCCCUGAUCUCACAGAAGUCAUUCUCUUUUGAAUUCAUUAAUCACAUUAUUUCCGUGUCACUUCUGACUCAUCGCCGUCGCGUCUCACUGGGUUUGCCAUUAAGCGAAUCAAAUUGUCGACAAGAAACUUUAGAAUAGAUAACAUCAUCAGAGAGAAACGGAUUAUACUCUGCUUGACUUUGAUAAAAGAAUUGGACAAAUCUAUGAUUUGACUUUGAUGUAUCGUGUGGAUCGCUGCAGACUUUGGUUGGAGUCGGACUGAAACAAGCAGUUAGGUCAGAGCGGAACCUUUUCUCUCCAGAUGGCUGGUCACCGCAACUUAAAAGAAUUUACCUUCAGCUCUUCACUCUGACCUCUGACCCCAGUUCACAAAUCGGGCAGGUGUGUGGCGACCAACUGAAGUUGGUGAUGACCAUAUCUUUAAACCAGGUUUUCGAAGCGCACUAGGAUUUUGCUGAGUCAUUUUUAAGUCCCACAUAUUUACUGACUUAUCAAUUCAAUCUUCUUUUUUUGUUUAGUUGUUUUGUAGUUUAGUAGUUUUGUUUAGCUGAGUAUGCAAUGUAACUUCAAUAUAUUUCCAGGUCUCUGCAGACGUCUGUGUGCCAUUUGUGGAGGGUCUCCUGUCUGUCUGUGUUGAUGUGUGUUCUGGCAUUACUCAGCUCAGACCCCCUCUCAUAAAUUCCUGUCCCUCAAUAAAGUCAAA